AUGGAAGAUAAUUGUGAAGAGAAGUAAUAAAUAAGCUCAUAAAUACCUUAAACAUAAAACAACAACAAUGUUAUUGAAGACUAGAAAAAGAAAUACCUAACUUCCAAAUGCAAAUGGAUUUCUUUCACAGUUACUUUCUUCUUCUUAAUUGGUAUUGGAAUAUUUCUGGGAAUAUACCUGAGUCAAAACGCAAAGACUGCCCCAACACUAAAGAAAUUUUAAAAGGAUGAAUUUUUAUAAAUAGAUGAGAUAUGUAUGUAUCAUACAUCUGAUAAAAUAUAAAAUUGCACCCAGAUAGAAAUGAAUACAAAAAGAAUCGUAAAUGAUUUAAAUGAGAAAAAUGCAUCAAGUUUGUUGAUGUUAACUGCAUUGAAAGUUAGAACAUUUACAUAAAAUCCUGAUGGAACAAGGGAAUAUAAUGAAAUGAUAAAUGAAAAUACUGAAAUAGACUAAUAAGUUAAAAAAUCAUUAAGAAUUUUAUAAAAAUCAGCAGAAAGUAACAAUUUUUGUGAAGGAAUUCCUUAAAAUGAAUGUGGAAAUUUAAAUGAAGUACCACUAAUAACAUUGAUUACAGACUAAUAAACUGGAGGAGUGUAAUAGAUUGGAAUACCCCUUGAAAUUCCAGAUCUAAUUCUUUAACCUUUGGUUUCUAAUAUCAUACAUAUUGCUCCUAAUGUUGCUGAAACGGGUGAAAUUACUUAGAGUAAUGGAACUAGAUUACUUGAUGAACAUUCUACAAAUCUUUAUUACGUUGGCAAAUAAGCAUUUGUUCCUAAAAUAAGUAAAUCAAGGUCUUGGUUUGGUAGAACUGUUGUUAAAAAAACAAUAUCACAAUAAAAUUAAGUGAAAGAAAGUUCUGGAAUCAAUUUAUUUGAUAAAUUUGAAUAAUCUUAAGAAACAAGCUUAGACGAAAAUAAUUAUUUAGUUUCUUCUCAUAUAACAACAAGUUCGAAAUUAGAUAAUACAAUAAAAUCAGAAAAUAUUAAUUAACAAACUUAAGAUUUAACUGAUAAAUCAGAAACAGAAAUCACUAAUGAUUCCAAUUUAGUAACUGUUGAAACAACAAUAGAUGAAGCCUUAACAAAUGCAUUGACUGAAAUUUAAAAUUUAUAAAAUUUAUAAUAUUAUUCAAUUGAAGAAAUAUAGGAUAGAAUACAAACUCAAUAAAACUUAGAUAAAAAUUUAUAGUAAGCCAAUAGAUAAUUAUAAGAAGAAAAUGGAGAUGUAUAAUCGUAUUCUGAAACCGAUUAUGAUUAAUAAGAAGGAGGAUGUGAUUCUACAAUUUUCAACUAAAAAAGAACUUUAAAAGAAGCAACGGUAUUAAAAUAAAAAAUUGGAUUAGUAGUAGAAUUUAAAGGGCAAUUAUAAAAUGAAGAUAUUUCAGGAUAGCUUAGAUCUUGUAUUUCACUAAAUUCAAAUUGUAUCCAAGAUUUAUACAAAAAAGAUUUUUCAUAUGAAAGGAAACCGAUCUAAUCUGUAAAUAAAUCAGGAAGUCGUACUUAGAAUAUUUUUCAAAUUACCGUAUUGAUUAUGGGAUAUCCCUUAAAUAUAGGGGCUGAUUACAAUUAUUCUUGGGGAUACAACGAAUCUCCUGUAUAAACUGAGAAUGAAAUAGGACUUUCUGGAUAAAUUUAUGCUGCAUUAGGAGUGACUGCUUAUGGAGAAUUCAGUUUAGUUCAUGUGAUUAAUAUUCGAGCAGGAGUUUAAGGGUAUAUUUUUAAAGGAUCGGUGAAUGGAGUAGCAUAAUUCAAAUUUAAUAAUGUUGAUAAAGUAAUUGAAACUAAAAAAUACAUAAUAUUUUUAGAUUUUUAAAUUGAAGUUUUAACAUUUGAUGUUUAUGCAUCAUAUUAAAACAUAACUUUGAGAUGGGAGAGAAAAUGUGUUGGUAAAAGAUGGUAUAAGAUUUGCUGGUAUAUCCCAAUUAUCGAUUACACAAAUUGGAAGGAUAUUUAUAGGAAAAGCUUUUAGUUAGCUAAGCUGUAGCCUUCAAAAAGGAUUUUCUAGAUUAAAUCGAAAUGUUAUUGA